AUGAGUGUGUUCGGAGGAGAUAGUUGGGCUCGAGAGGCGCAGUACAAGAAGACAAGAGUCGAUGAGCUUCUAGUCGACGGCUUCGAUUCUUCCUCGUACAAGAAGCUCUCUAGCGGCAAAUUCGCUUGCCUAGUCUGCCCUAACAAUCCCGUCCUCGAUACCCCUCUCAUGCUCUCUAGAACCUUCAUGGGAAGUGAUGGAUCAAUUUUGGAGCGGGCUCAAGAGAGGGCUGGUGGUUUCUGCACAGAGAUUACAUUUGGAUCUUACACGGCUCAUGGGGGUGAGGUGCUCCGCAUUUUAUUAGGAUGUGGUGCUUGUGCAGAUGAAGCAGCUUUGGUUGUGCAAUUCAUUGGCUCUUUGAGAUCAUGUCAAGAAAAGAGCUAA